CUCCCCAGCCCCAGCAGGAUCUUCCUGUGUAUAUCCCCUCCCUGUGAGCGGCCUUUUCCGCCCGGUCUCCGCAGAGGAAGCACGCGUGGUCUUCUGUCUCUCCGGCCUAAGUGCUAAAAAGUAUCCCGCGAAAAUGCGUUACGUAGCGUCAUAUCUCUUGGCCGUGCUCGGCGGUAAUGACAGCCCCUCCGUCGCUGACCUGAAGAAGAUCCUAGAAAGUGUGGGGAUCGAAAUGGACAAGACGCGUGCAGAGAAGGUCAUCAGUGAACUCAAGGGCAAGAAAAUCGACGAUGUGAUUGCCCAGGGGAACACCAAGUUGGCAAGUAUGCCCGCUGGAGGAGCCGUCGCUGUCUCUGCUUCUGCUGGAUCCGCUGCCCCUGCUGCUGGGUCUGCUGCACCAGCUGAAGAGAAGAAGGAAGAAAAGAAGGAAGAGUCUGAGGAAUCUGAUGAGGACAUGGGAUUCGGCCUCUUUGAUUAGAACGUGUGGGAGAUAAAUAAAAGAUCUUUAUUUAACCCUG